AAUUAUGCCAUACUUUUAUCAGCAGGAAGAAGAAACAUGACUGACUCACAAACUUCAAAAUGGUACCAUGGUAAAAUGGUAUAUCCACGUUUGUUGAGAGUAAAGGGCUUUUACUUCUUCACACUUGCUGCUGUUGGUGCUCUCUUACCGUUUAUGGCACUUUAUAUGAAAAAGAUUGGUAUGACAAAAUCACAGACUGGAAUAACUUAUGGUCUUAUGUCAUUUGUUGGGUUUUUAGUCAGACUUUUAUUUGGAGCUGUAGCAGGCAAAUUCCAAAAACACAAACUGAUUCUAGUUCUAUGUUGCAUUCUAACAGGGUUGUGCUUUAAUCUUAUGAUAUUAAUUCCAUCGAAACAUACUGAACAUACAAAAGUGACAACUGAAAUUAUGUGUAGUCAAGGAGAUUCAUUUUUACGAGAUUGUUACCAUGUCAACAAAAGUAUAAACAUGGAAGCAUGCCCCAUAUCAUUCCAUACCUAUGUUACUAAAGCCAAAGAGAUUAUUAGUGAGAAAUCCUUUGUCACAAAGGUUGUGAACUCAAUCAGCAGUAAUAAUGUGCCAUAUAUUAUCAGCACCAUGCCAAAUGAACAAAAUGUGGCAACAAAGUCUAAACUUUCAUGUAGUUUGAAAUGUAAUUAUAAGAUAUCACCAGAAUUGCCUCAAAAAGUAUGUUUCACUAAUGCAACAGGCACAUAUGAUAUUGCUUAUUGCUACAGUGUGAAUUUAAAUGUUGAAAAAUGGGAAUCUCAUAUCAGUUUUAAAAUUCCAGAUCUUGGAUAUUUGUUAAACAAAGAAGUUAUAUCCAAUAGAAUUAAAACAGAUGACCAAAUUUGUAGGACUUUUGUUUUGAAGGAUGUAGUGUACAAAGGUCAAGAGUACUGGCAGAUGUUGUGUAGUGAUGUCACAAAAUUCGUGUGUGACCUUGAAUGUAGCCAUGUUGACACAUGUACUCAUAAAGUAGCAGAGGAUCUAAGUCAAACAUCAUUUUGGUUUUAUUUCGUACUGCUUUUACUGGGAAAUAUUUUAUUUGCUCCCAUAAUGAGUUUGAAAGAUGCAAUAUUGAAUGAAAGUUUUGGAGCUGAAAAAAGGCACAAAUGGGGUAAACAGAGAUUGUGGGGAACAGUUGGAUUUGCUAUGUUUGCUAUUGUUUCAACUUUAAGCAUUGAUGCACUUUCAAAAACCAGCAUGAAUAGUUUCAGUGUAGCAUUUUUUUUGUUUAGUGCCUUAAACCUGGCAACAGCUUUCAUUUCUUGUGUUAUGAAAAUUUCACACAACCUUGCCUGUGACCAGUUGCCGAAAGGAACAAUAUCUCUGCUACGUGAACCUAGAACUGCAGUAUUUCUUCUAGUUGUGUUUUACUUUGGAUUUUUAACAGGUGCAAUAGAGACAUUUCUCUACUGGUUUUUAGAAGAGGAACUUGGAAACAAACUGAAAAUUAUUCCAGGGUUAUGCUCAUUAAUAGCUUGUUCAGCAGAAAUACCGUUAUUGUAUGUGUCAGGUUUUUUUAUAAAAAAGAUUGGACAUAUUAAUUGUUUAUAUGUUGUUUUCAUUGCAUAUGCUGCAAGGUUUAUAAUUUAUUCCUUCCUUACAAAUGCAUGGUCUGUUUUACCAGUGGAAAUGUUACAUGGUAUAACAUUUGGAAUCAUGUGGGCUACAGCAACAUCAUAUUGCAGCAUACUUACACCUCCAGGAAUGUCAGGAACUAUCCAAGGACUACUGAGUGGGAUCCAUUUUGGAUUUGGAAAAGGGGUUGGUAGUGUGAUGACUGGUCAGUUGUACUCACAGAUUGGUAUACGAUGGACAUUUCGUGUAUAUGGAAUAUCAUCAUUUGUACUCCUUAUCUUGUAUGGGCUGGUGAACAUAUUUGUGUUUAAAGAGUAUGGAUGUCCAGAAGGGCCUGUUGAAAAAAAUGAAGAAGUUGAAUUGAAAAUUGGAGGAGAAGGAGCAGAAUAUCGUCUCCUUGACAACAAGACAACAGAGCAGAAUGAUAAACAUGCUGACUUUCAUGAUGAACAAGAAACAGAUAAGACAGUUUAAGAACAGAUGAAAUUUAUAGUUAUUUGCAAAAAUAUGAAAAUGCAUUUACUGUAUCUUAUUCAGUGUAGGGUAGAGAUUGUCAUUUAAGCAACUUGCAAAAGAUUGUCGGUUCAUUUUUUAGAACAGCCAAGACAGUCAGGUGGUAGCAUAUGAAAAUAAGAAGAUGUGGUAUUCUUGGCAAUGAGACAAGUAUUCACCAUAAUCCAAAUAAGGCUGAUGCAAGCAAUUUUAGAAAACUGAGCUUUUAACAAUGCAUUAGUUCCAUACCAUAUGGUCAGCUAUAAAAGUCCCUAAGG